AUGAAUUCUUGGAAACUCCCGGGCGUAAGAAAAAAUAAGGAACAGGCUCCUACACCUUCAGCUCCUGCUAUUCCUGCUCCUCUCCCUCCCUCCUCUCCUUCUGCACAACAACAACAGCCUUUACGUGCUCCUGCCUCAAGGAAUACAACACCAUCACCCUCCUCUUCUGCCAAUAACAACGAACCCAAGUCUGGUGUUUUGCUUAUUCGUGUGUGUGAAGCUAGAGGCAUCACACCCCCUUCCAACAUCACUUUACCUGCGCAGCAGCAGGUGGCUAUUAGCAACCGCAACAACCAUGAUUCCUUGACUCGCAAACAGCAAAACUGGUGGCUGCCCUAUGUUGUAUUGGAAUUCGAUAAGAAUGAAGUCUUAAUUGACGCUUUGGGUGGUGAUACCGCCAAUCCUAUCUAUCAAUACAGAGCUCAUUUUGAUGUCUCUCGUAGCUCAGAAGUGUCGAUAUCCAUCUAUAUGCGCCAUCCUCCUACAGCACAAGGAGAAACGCCUCGCACAACAAACGAUGUAUUCCUCGGUGGUGUUAAGCUUCAGCCUAAUUUUGAGACCACAAAGAUUGAGGACCAAGUGUUGAACAUUGUCGGUGGUACAGGUGCUAUGCAUGUUCAAUUAUGCUACAGACCUCAACAGGUGAGCACACCCAUUACAUUUGACGCGUUUGAUCUUUUGCGAGUGAUUGGACGUGGCAGUUUUGGCAAGGUCUACGUUGUGCGUAAGAAAGAUACGAAUCGUAUCUACGCCAUGAAAGUUUUGCGUAAAUCCCGUAUCAUUUCCAGAUCAGAAGUUACGCAUACAAUGGCUGAAAAGACAGUGUUGGCAAAGAUCAGAAAUCCCUUCAUUGUGCCUCUCAAGUUUGCCUUUCAAAGCCCUGAUAAGCUUUAUUUGGUGCUGGCUUUCAUCAAUGGCGGCGAGCUUUUCCAUCAUUUGCAGCUGGAAGGUAGAUUCGAUGAGAACAGAUCAAGGUUUUACACUGCUGAACUCUUGAGCGCUUUGGAAUGUCUUCAUGAUUUCAAUGUCGUUUAUCGUGAUCUCAAGCCAGAGAAUAUCCUCAUUGAUUAUAACGGUCAUAUCGCUCUCUGUGAUUUUGGUCUCUGCAAGUUGAACAUGAAGGAGAAUGAGCGUACCAACACAUUCUGUGGUACGCCUGAAUAUCUUGCACCUGAAUUAUUGCUUGGCCAAGGAUAUACAAAGACAGUUGAUUGGUGGACCUUGGGUGUAUUGCUGUACGAGAUGAUGACCGGUUUACCACCAUUCUACGACGAGAAUACAAACGAAAUGUAUAGAAAGAUCCUGCAAGACGAGUUGAGAUUCCCUGAUGACAUGAGCGAAGACGCCAGAUCUCUUUUGAGAGGGCUUCUCACCAGAGAUCCCAACGAAAGAUUAGGCAACAAUGGAUCAGAAGAGAUCAAGAACCACGCCUUCUUUUCGAGUAUCGAUUGGAGAAAACUAAAUCAAAAGAAACUUCAACCGCCUUACAAGCCAUCUGUGGAUUCAGCUUAUGAUACGACAAAUUUCGACGAUGAGUUUACAUCUGAAGCACCUCAAGAGUCGCUUGUCGAUGACUCACAGAUCUCCAGCACAAUGCAAGAGCAAUUUGCAGGUUUUACUUACAACCCUGCCAAUGAUGGUGUUAUGGGAGAGAGUUACACUGGAACAACAGUGGUUGGUAGUGCAGGACAAUCCCAUUCAAAUGGUCCUGCUUGGUAA